AAUUUUCCCGUCACUAUCCGUCACGGGGCAGUGAAAAACAUAAAUUUAGACAUAUUUUAAUCUGUGUUAAUCGCAUUGAAAAUCGACUUGAAAAAUUGCAAAUUGUUGAUAAUUGUAUAAUUAACACCAAAAUGGCACCGAAAGCUAAAACAGUUAGUAUUAAACCCAAGGGACAGGCCUUCAAAGACAAGUCGAAACCCACCGAUGUGCGACUGUCGAAUAUCCAAGCGGCAAAAGCUGUUGCCGAUGCUGUGCGCACCAGUUUGGGUCCUCGCGGCAUGGAUAAAAUGAUCCAGGCUGCGAAUGGCGAAGUAUCGAUUACCAACGAUGGUGCCACAAUUUUGAAGCAGAUGAAUGUGUUGCAUCCGGCUGCCAAGAUGCUGGUCGAGCUGUCCCGUGCCCAGGAUGUGGAGGCGGGUGAUGGCACCACAUCAGUGGUGGUCAUUGCAGGUGCCUUGCUGGAGGCGUGCCAGAAGCUGUUGCAGAAGGGACUGCAUCCCACGGCCAUUUCGGACUCGUUCCAGCGUUGCUCCAACAAGGCGGUGGAGAUCCUCACAGAGAUGUCAACGCCCAUUGAGCUGAAUGAUCGCGAGACACUCAUCAAGAGCGCCUCCACAUCGCUCAACUCCAAGGUGGUGUCCCAACAGAGCAGUCUCCUCGCUCCCAUUGCCGUCGAUGCUGUGCUGAAGGUCACCGAACCCGGCAAGGAGUCUGCCGUGGAUCUAAAGAACAUCAAGGUGAUUCAGAGUCUGGGCGGCACUGUCGAGGAUACCGAACUCGUUCAGGGUUUGGUCUUCACUAGCCGCUCGGCGGGUACAAAUGCGCCCAAGCGCAUUGAAAAGGCCAAGAUUGGUCUGAUUCAAUUCUGCAUUUCGGCACCCAAGACCGACAUGGAUCACAGUGUGAUUGUCAGCGACUACGCGGCCAUGGACCGUGUUCUGAAGGAGGAGCGCUCCUACAUCCUCAACAUUGUUAAGCAGAUCAAGAAGGCCGGCUGCAAUGUCCUCCUCGUUCAAAAGUCCAUUUUGCGUGAUGCUGUGUCGGAUUUGGCUCAGCACUUCCUGGACAAGAUCAAGUGUCUGGUUGUCAAGGAUGUGGAACGCGAGGACAUUGAGUUUGUGUGCCGAACUCUGCACUGUCGUCCAAUUGCCUCAUUGGAUCAUUUCACAGCCGAAAAUCUGUCGAGUGCCGAUCUGGUGGAGGAGGUGGCCAGUGGCACCAAUAAGUUUGUCAAGAUUACUGGCAUACAGAACCAGGGACGCACUGUCUCCAUCAUCUGCCGUGGCUCCAACAAGCUGGUGCUGGAGGAAGCUGCUCGCUCCCUGCACGAUGCUCUCUGUGUGGUGCGUUGUCUGGUCCGAAAGCGUGCUCAGAUUGUGGGCGGUGGUGCUCCGGAGAUUGAGAUGGCUCUGCAACUGGCAGCCGCUGCUCAGACAGUCGACGGAGUCGAUGCCUAUUGUUAUCGCGCCUUUGCCGAGGCCCUCGAGGUCAUUCCAUCCACAUUGGCCGAAAAUGCUGGUCUCAAUCCCAUUGCCACUGUCACUGAGCUGCGUAAUCGUCAUGCCCAGGGCGAGAAGAAUGCGGGUAUUAAUGUCCGUAAAGGCGCCAUUACGGACAUCUUUGCGGAGAACGUUGUGCAGCCGCUGCUGGUCAGCAUUUCGGCCAUCACACUGGCCACGGAGACAAUUCGCUCCAUUCUCAAGAUCGAUGAUAUUGUCAACACCUUCAGCUAAGCAGUGAAAUUGUCUUCAAGGUCUUCAAGAGUCCAAUUGUGUAUUCGUGCACUCUCGGCUGCAACACGAUCUAUUCUUAUUUUCUGCAUUUUCAUAUAACACCCCAAAAAAACAAUAAUACACAUUAACAAACACAUAAAGCGGCUGCACUUAAGCACCAAAUUGAAUAAAAUUCACAUUACAUACACUAUGCCUUACACCUUUAUAUCUAUUUAAUACCUAAUCAUUUACAUAUGUAUUGCGCUUUGUAUUAAAAUCGACAUUAACUUGGAAGCUGUCUACAAGAAGGCCACAAAACAAAACAAGAGUUAUGAUUACAAAUGUUAACAAUAUAAAUAAAUGCGGUGGAAAUAUGUUAUGGAAA